AUGGUCAAAGUGCCGGCCAUCUAUCCCAGCUCUGCGGGUCUACCUUGUUCAUCCCAUCUUCUUUUUUGCCACGAACAGGCCCUCGGCCGGGAUCGAGGAUGGCCAUCUCUCCAGCGGCCGCCAAUAAAGGACGAGGGCAGCCUUACUACUUCUACCGAGAGUGCCAGUGGUCUUCCGGAUGGCCUCCUCGACACGCUGUCACCCCUCCUCGGCUUCCAGUUCAACCCGCUGAUGAAGUUGUUCAUGGUAUUUUACAACCUCACGGGGAAGCAUCUUGGCAUCGACCCAACUUACAUCCUGACCGUGGUUGGCCUGUUGUGGGCCGCCAACAAGGUCUGGAUGCAGCUCUACAUGGGAUUCUUUACUCUUGCUCGGCGGUACUUCAUGGCGGAUAUCGAGUGGCUUGCCUCCCAGCCCAAGAUGGUCGACUCUCGUUCCCUCACUGCCGAGACGGCAUCCAAGGGGGCGUGGGAAGAGGAAGACGAGUCGGAGCUCAUGACAGGCAGGGUGUCGGCCGAUGGCUCCGACGUUUUCCUCAACUUCUCGACCCAGGAAGCCAAGGCGCCCCCACGCUUCACGCCCGCUCUAGGCUUGCACAGCUUCUGGUGGAGGGGCCGGUAUUUCAAGUUGAACAGGAAGCAGGAGUCCUUGUUCGACCCUUCAGCUGGGGCAAACGGCAUGCCCCAGUUCAAGGACAAGGAGAUUCUGGUGUUUUCGUGUUUCGGCCGGUCUCCCGAGCCGAUCAAGCAACUCUUGCAGCACGCCAAGGAGCAGAACUACCUCGACCACCAAGCCAAAACCAUUGUCAGACGCCCGGCCUCCCAAGGCAUGCGCCGCUACGGCCAUCGGCACUCGUGGCAGCAGGUCGCCAACCGCCCAGUCCGUCCCAUGCAGACCGUGGUCCUCGACGACGAGCAAAAGAUUCGCAUUCUCUCUGACAUGAACGAGUACCUCCACCCCGCCACCCCGCGGUGGUACGCCAACCGCGGCAUCCCACUGCGCCGUGGCUACCUGUUCCAUGGCCUCUUUACCUCUCUCCCCCGGCGUUGUGUGGUCCUGCUCGAGGAUAUCGACACGGCCGGGCUCAAACGAGCCGAGGAUGACUCCGAAUCCGAAUCCGAAUCCUCGUCCUCCUCGGACGACGGCAAGAACGAGGAGAAGCAGGAGGAAGACCAGAACAAAGACAAAAAGUCUCUUAACAAGUCCAGAAACCACAAGGGUGGGAGAGACUGGAAAGUCUCGGACCUCGCCCGCGAACUCAGGAGAGCCGGAGGCCAAGGCGACUUGGGCGAGAAGAAAUCCAUCUCACUAUCCGGCCUGCUGAACGCAAUCGACGGCGUCGCUUCACACGAGGGCCGCGUGCUCAUCAUGACAACCAACAAGCCGGAGGCCCUCGACGAAGCCCUCAUCCGACCAGGACGCGUCGACCUACAAGUCUCCUUCACCAACGCCACGCAAGAGCAGGCGCGGGAGCUGUUCAUGCGCAUGUACGAGCCCGAGAACACCGACACCGCCACCCCGCUGUCCACCUUCUCGCUCUCAGACCACAUCUCCUCACCGCUCCCACCCCUCACCCCCUUCUCCGAGCCUCCGCCCACGCCCUUCUCCCUCGCUUCCUCUAAAGACGGCAACAUGACAGACGUCUCGGGCGCCACCGAAGUCGAGACCGACGACCACGACCACGACCACGACAUCUACAAAGACGACACCUCCUCCUCCAACCACCACCCCCUGUCCAACACCAACACCAACAGCACCACCACCCCCAACCGCCCCACAACCACAACCACCACAACCACCACCAAAAAACUCCCCCCCCACCCCCCCUCAACCUCAACCCAUCCCCACCUCCAAACCCCUACACCAAAUUCCCCCCCACCACCACCAUCCCAAUCCCCGCCGCCGAACUCCUACACAUCGCCUCGCAAAGACGCCACGGCGGGCGCUGGAGGAGGUGGAGGUGUGGGUGGCGGGAAUGGUGGCGCAGAAGGCGGGGCGAAGUAG